CUUACAUCAAAAAAAACAAAGAUGACAAAGACUCUUCUCAUGGUUACGCUCGUGUCUAUAGUAAUGUUUUACAUGGCUCGUCCAAUUUUCUCCCAAGAAAUUGAUCCAUAUUCGCUAGAGGUGCUAGAAGAUGUGGCCUUAUCUUCAUCUUCAAAGUUUAAUAUUUACGUUGAAGCUCCCGAUGAAGCUCUAUUCGAAGAAGCUGAUUCACCCGCAAUAGAAUAUGACAAGGACCGGUACAAAAUACCCGAUUUUAUUGCGGCUUGCGCUAUGAAGCAAAGCUGGAUAUGCUUAAAUGUGGUUUUCGAAAACAUGAAAGAUGAGAUGAUGCCAAUUAUAAAUGAAUGUUGUCGUGAAAUAUUGAAAAUGGGCAAAGAUUGCCAUUUCAGAUUGGUUGAAGGCUGGUCCGCCAUGUAUGUGUAUGGUAAUAGUAUUGCAUCUAAAGACAUUCCAUAUAGCAAACAAUCAUGGAACGAAUGUGUCCGUAGAGUAGGGAGCAAGUUUGGUGCUCCGGUCUCUUUUGAACAGUAAACUAAUAUAUUUGUGUGUUGAUGUGUCUAUGGAUUUUUUUAAUUUGAU